AAAAAACGCACCAAAGAACCCAAACAACCCCCAACAUACCGCGGCGUCCGCAUGCGCAACUGGGGCAAGUGGGUCUCCGAAAUCCGCGAACCCCGCAAGAAAUCCAGAAUCUGGUUAGGCACUUUCGCCACCGCAGAAAUGGCCGCACGCGCCCAUGAUGUCGCUGCCCUCACCAUCAAAGGCCAAUCCGCUUUCCUCAACUUCCCCGAACUCGCCUCACAACUCCCCCGCCCCGCCACCACCACUCCCAAAGACAUCCAAGCCGCUGCCGCUAAAGCCGCCGCAACCACUUACAAAACUCAGUCCACAAACACUCCAUGUGAAAAUGAUGACUCCCUUUUCGACUUGCCGGACCUCCUCCUCGACUGGAGGACUUGGAUCUUGCCGGAAGCCGACGAGAAUUUCUUGUGGGAAUGCUACUCCAUGUGAUGAUCUUCACAUUUUAUAUUUCUCUGCACUUAUUUCAUAAUAUUUUUUUGAUUGAAAAACAUGUGCGUGCGCUAAUUUGUAUACAC